CGGGCGAGCGAGGGGCACAACAACACAUCAGCACACACGCACACAACAACUCACGCCAAACACACACAACACCCGUUGAUCCUGUUGAUCAUGAGUGAUGUGUUGAGCCGUGAGAGGGGAGGGAAAAGCAUGGCGUUGUUGAAUGGAGAGUCAAACGAGCAGGGCCAGCCAAGGAGCGCUUCUCCGCCUCCGGUGGUGCAGGUGCGUGAUGACUUUUCGGACCAUAUCUAUGACGCAUGGCUGACGCCCGAGGACUAUGAAAAGCUUGAGAAGAAGUACGAGGAUGCACAAGCGGUCAAGGCUGUCCUGUCUCACAUGAGCACCCUGACCAUCGAGGAUCUCACGCGCGAAUACAAUCAAAGACAGGCAGCCCAACAACAGCAGCAACGACACCCACAACAACAACAAUCACACCAACAACCACACCAACAACAAGAACAGCAGCAACCACAACAGAAACCACACCAGGGGAAAGCAGUGCAGAGGAGGUCCACGUCCGGCUACGAUCACUUGCCACCACACCACGUGCGUGACGAACCCACACACAACUACGAUCGGCUGGAUGAAGCAGUCCCUGAACACCCACCCACGCCCGCAACCGCACACGCGGCCCUGACGAAGCCGGCGGGGUCCACCACCAACGUGGCUGCGACCCCACCGGCCUCCAUGAACUGGUCGCCCACAGCAGACACCAGCCUCGACCGCAUGGCAUCCGAGAACAGCGAACAGCACCUGUACUAUGCCGUGCAUGAGCAGAAACCAGCGCCUGGCACGACCACCGACGCGACCGCCGAUGACGGCAGCCAGCAUCUCUAUGCCGCCAUCAACGAACAGCAGGUGUCCAGCCACAGCAUCGGCAGCGUGAGCAUCAUCAAUAACAACGGCAUCAACAAGGCCAACAACAGCCACGCCAGUAGCAGCAACAGCAACGCAAGACGAACUGCUGCGCCAAAGCCAGCCGUGCCAUCACGUGCAGCGGCAACCCGAUGUGACUGGACAAUCACGUGCCCUCCACUGCCACCGAAGAAGCACGAAGACGCGCCACCACGGCCACCGGUGCCAUCGCCGUCGCCUGCUGCUCAAGGCAAGCCUGCGGCCGACCACACAGGCAGCCAAGCCGCUGUCACAGCUGUCACGGAUGUCACAACACCAGGUGUACCAGCGCUGCCACCCCGCGACGCAGCCGAACCAGUGAGCACACAACCGCCACCUGCUGGUGUUGUUGAUCCACCGAACGCUGUGAACCCCUCUCCGUCAUCAACACACCCGCACCAGCGGAAACCGCGCGAGCCCAUGCCGCUCCCCUCCUCCGCAUCAUCCUCGUCGCUGUCAUCACAGCCUCGCCACCUGCCCUCAUCUCCCACGCCACAUGCCAGCCAUCCCAAUCACGGGCAGCCAGCACACCUCGAUCGCCUUGUGCACCCCGACCUUCCCCAGCGCGAGGCUGCUGGGCUGCGGCCGCUGCCUGUUGUUCCAACCACGCCCUUUGCCAGCGUGGCCGUUGCGUCUCCGCCAUCAUCGCCGUUGUCUGCAUCGUCGUCGGCAGCGGUGUUACAACCGCCUGCAUAUGGACCCUCUGGCGUGUCGAAGAGGGACACCCGCGGGCCCCUCACGGCCGCGGAGGAGGACGCAUGGCUCAAGCGUGGCGCAGUUACCUGUGGUCCACUUGUGUUGCACGUGAGCGAUGCGUCGUUUGCUCGUUUCGUGCACCACUGCACGACCCGCCGCAUGGCCUCUGCCCUUCUCAAAGGAUACUUUCACCAACACAACGCUUCGCUAGACACCGACGGAACAUAUUUGUUGCGGAGCAGCCUGAAGAAGCGGUACACCAUUGUUGUAUCUGUCCUCUACCAGGGCUCAACGCGCCACUACGAGUUUUCCCUCAACAAGGACUUGGCCUUCGUGAACGAACACGGCCGAGUGUUUGGCUCCUUGCGCCAGAUGCUCACUUUCUUUCAGAAAAACAAGGACAAACUAUGCUGCCGCCUCCGGCACUGCCUUGCACCACCACCAGCGCGGCAGUGAAGCAGCCAAACUAACCAAGCAGCCAAGCCAAGCCAAGACACAAGCAACAAGCAACAAAGAGGGGCACAGGCCAACACGAGCCGGCACGAAACACGCCAAACGCAAUCCAUCUUCAUCACGCUCAUCGCUGCUGUUGUCAUCGGUCACGUCAUCCGCAUAAAAUUCGGGCAGAUUUCCAC